AUGAUGAGAGUUGGUAAAAGUGGUCAAGUGACUGUGACUGUGAUGUCAGCAGUUGUUUCCCUACUGCUAUCAUUAGUGCCCCAGUUGACGAGUUCAGACAUGAUGGAGGACUUGUUUGCAAACGCGACCUCACUCAUGGACAGUCUGGCUGCUGAGGCGCGCCGCACACAAGCUGGGCCAGUGGGUGAAGACAUUGUAGUUGUGGGCACAGGAACUGUUAACAUUGAUCCCAGAGAGUUUCUGCUCAGACAAUUUCCUCACUUGGCUAAAAGAUUGUUUGGCUCUGCCUUCACUAACUACACUAGCACCACUUCUACUACCACAACUACUGAAAAAUCUCUGGGGACAUCCAGCACAACCCAAAGCCCCCCAAUAACAACCUCCACAAGGAAGCUGAGUGAGUUGCUCACAACAGAGGCAAGUGUCAACCAUCAAGACAGUGGAGGUGGUGAAAGGAAUAAGUUUUCUAUGAUCAUCAAGGAUUUAAGUGAUGAUGGGAACAAGGGCCCAAGACCAGGAAGGAUAUCUUUACUGCCAUUUGGGUCUCCCUAUUUGCCAGAAUUCAGUAGUGGGGAGGAUGCCAGGAAGUCUGUUGUCAACAACAGCCACGAAUUCUCGACACCUCCGUCAUUGAGUUCCGGUUCCGGGUUCGUCACGUCAUCCACACCAUCGUCAUCAUCAUCAUCAUCAACAACAUCAUCAUCAUCAUCAUCAUCAGUGGAAGGAGAAAAAGAAGAAGAAGGAGAGUCACUGACUCGAGACGCGCUGGAUGGCGCUCCUUGCAACGUCACUGAAGUGGACUAUGAGACUUUGAAAGAUGGACUGGAAACUGGGGACUUGUUGAUGAUUGACAUUCGUCCGCGUCUGGAAGCUGAACUCACUGGCAUCAUCCCUGGGUCACUCAAUAUCCCAAGUGAGAAAGUGAGGGCUGAGUUGGAUGCUGAUGAGCUGCUAUUUGAAAGGAGGCAUAGAUACAGGAAACCACACCCCAAACUAGGACCAAAACUAGUACUGACUUCCAGGGAAGAAAGUAACCUAGUGAACGUGGUACGGCAGUUGCAGGCUGCCGGGUACGCUAACCUCAUGUUGUACCCGCGCGGGCUUGUGGACUGGAUCCUGCGGGGUGGGCGCACUGAACGGAUUUUCGAAUCAGAGUAUCAGUUCCAAAGCAGUGAAGAAGAUGAAGCACCAGUGCAGCCCCUGGAUCCUGAAGAAUUAUUUCUUGGUGAUGGUCAACAGGCUGCUGAGUCAAGGACUAUUUUCAGGGCCAUGGGGGCUGAGCAGGUUCAUGAGAAUGACUUGGACUAUCUGAGCUAUGAUGACCUCAAGUUUGCCCUGAAUCAAAGGGAAACCUUGUUGAUUGAUGUGAGAAGAAGGGAAGCCUUCAAGAGAGGUUCAAUUCCUGGAGCAGUGAAUCUUCCACUCCACAUGAUCACAUUUGAUGCUACCAUGACACCAUCAAGGUUCCACCAAAAGUACAACUUCAAUUUGCCAUCCAAACAUGCCCUGAGGAAUGUGAUAGUCUUUGGAAGAGACAGAUAUGAUGGCAUUGGAGCAGUAAAGAGGUUCAGAGUGGUUGGCUACAAAAUUUGCCAAGUCUACAAUGGCUAUGAUGACUGGAUGAAGAACUAUGCUGAGGAUGUUAGGAGAGGAACUCCUGGACUAGACCAUGCACAGGUGGCAUCAGGUGUUGGGUCAAGCCUGAAUUUUGUAUCAAGACCUCCAUCAGAAGGCUUCUCACCAGGUUAUGUUGCUACAACCCCAGAUCCCAAGAUAUCCUUUAGAAGUGCUGCUUCAGAUGGACCAGCUCCUCUCCUGCCAAACAAGCUUGGGAGAGAGGAUGUGCAAAUUCUGGUGCUUGGAGGAGAUCCUGAGAGACUGAGGAGAGCUGUGAGAAAUCUCAGGGACAUUGGCUACAGGUAUGUGUAUGUGCAUGUAGCUGAAGAAGCAUCAGAUGGCACCUGGAAACCCAUGACUGGUGACAGACUGCAAAAGUGUCUCACCUUGCCUACCAGGACAUCUGCUGGAAGCAACCAAAUCAAUGCUGGAAACAACUUCCAGAGAACAGCAACUUCUCUUGAAAAGUUUGAUUCACUCAACUUCCAGACUGCUCAUGAACACCAUCAGCAAAAGCUUGUGGAAAAGACUGCUCCAACAACUCCAGCAGCCCCAGCAAGUGAUAACAAACUAAAGGUUGUCAAGGAAGAGAUAUUUUUCAAAGAUUUGCUUGAAAAGAUGGAAAAAGGAGAGUAUAAGGUGUUUGAGUUCAGGAGUGAGGACUCUGUAAGGAAGGAUGGAAAAAUCCCAAAAUCAGCAGUUAUGAAGUUGUUUGAAAUCCCUGGGGUGGUGACCAUGCAAGACAAGGAAUUUGUGUCCAAGUUUGGCUUCAGGAAGCCAGCUCUAGAUGGCAGUGAUUUAGUUGUAAGCUGUGAUGAUCCACAAACAGGAAGAGAGGCCAUCAGGAGACUCAGACAAUUGGGUUAUUCAAGGGCUGCUCUUUUCUCUGGCUGUUUCCAGCAGUGGAAAUCCCUUGGUGGUCCUGUUCAGUACCCCACUCCUUCAAGGAUUUCACCAGGUGAACUGGCCUUGCAAGUCAGGAAGGGAGCCAUGAUCAUUGAUGUUGGGGAUUUGAAAUUGGAAGGAAGAGAUGCUUUCCCAAAAAGUAUCAACAUUCCAGACAGCAACAAGAUCAAUUCCAUGAUCAGUGAACUUAAGGGGGACCUUUACAUAGUGAAGAUUGCCAUCAACAACAUCAACCAUGAGCAGCAGGAAGACAAUUGCAACUUGGAUACUCUGGCAUUGGCCCUUGAGGACAACCUCACUGCCAUCACUCCAACAAACUACAGCAACAAGAUCAAUUCCAUGAUCAGUGAACUUAAGGGGGACCUUUACAUAGUGAAGAUUGCCAUCAACAACAUCAACCAUGAGCAGCAGGAAGACAAUUGCAACUUGGAUACUCUGGCAUUGGCCCUUGAGGACAACCUCACUGCCAUCACUCCAACAAACUGUUCUCCAAAUUUCCCUUAA